CUGGCAGCGCUAUAUAAGGCCCGGCCCGGCCCGAGUCGGCCCAGACACCGCCGCCGGACUCCAGCGCGUGGGCUGGACGAGGCACCGAGGCAAAUGUGCAAUACCAAGAUGUCCUCCCUUACGGAUCCCUCUUCUGUCACCGCUUCGGAGCAAGAGGCGCUGGUUAAGCCAAAGCCACUGUUGUUGAAAUUGUUAAAGUUAGCUGGUGCUGAAAAGGAUACUUUUACUAUGAAGGAGGUAAUAUUCUAUAUUGGACAAUAUAUUAUGUCUAAGCAAUUAUAUGAUGAAAAACAGCAGCAUAUUGUACACUGUGCAAAUGAUCUCCUGGGGGAUUUAUUUGGAGUAACAAGCUUUUCAGUAAAAGAACACAGGAGACUAUAUUCAAUGAUUUCCAGAAAUCUGAUAGCAAUCAAUCAACAAGACUCCACCCUUGGUGACACACCUGAGGAUGAUGCCAAAUCUCAGCUUGAAGAAGAAAAUGUUAUUAAGGAGUCUGUACAAGAGUUGGAAGAGAAGCAGACUUCAUCCAACAUGACUUCCCGACCAACUACAUCUUCUAGGAGGAGGACACACAGUGAAUCUGAAGAAAAUUCUUCAGAUGAUCUGCACAGUGACAGAAGAAAGCGACACAAGUCAGACAGCAUUUCCUUGACGUUUGAUGAAAGUCUCUCAUGGUGUGUAGUCAGUGGUCUGUGCCGUGAAAGAAGCAAUAGCAGUGAUUCAACAGAUUCUCUUUCCAUUCCUGAUCUUGACGCUAGUUCAUUAAGCGAAAACUCUGAUUGGUUUGACCACAGUUCUGUAUCAGACCAGUUCAGUGUUGAGUUUGAAGUUGAGUCUAUUUAUUCAGAAGAUUAUAGCCAUAAUGAAGAAGGGCAGGAGCUCACAGAUGAAGAUGAUGAGGUUUAUCAGCUGACUAUUUACCAGGAUGAAGACAGUGAUGCUGAUUCAUUUGAUGAAGAUCCAGAGAUUUCUCUAGCUGAUUAUUGGAAGUGUCCCGAAUGUAAUGAAAUGAAUCCUCCGCUUCCACGACAUUGCCAUAGAUGCUGGGCCCUUCGUGAGGAUUGGCUUCCAGAUGAAAAGAGUGAGAAAUUGGAAAAGAGCAAAUUAGAAGCCUCCUUUCCUGCAGAGUCUGGAGAAGGUUUUGAUGUUCCUGACUGCAAGAAAACAAAAAUGACUGAAGAUAAAGAACUAGCUGUUGAUCAGAAUGAGGAUAAAGCAUUACAGCUUUCUGAGUCCCAGGAAAGUGAAGGUUAUUCCCAGCCAUCAACAUCAAGCAGCAUGUUCUGUAGCAGUCAGGAAGACUUUAAGGAACCUGAGAAGAGAGAAACACAAGACAAAGAGGAAAGCAUGGAAUCCAGCCUGCCUGUUACCAGCAUAGAGCCAUGUGUCAUAUGCCAGAGCAGACCUAAAAAUGGCUGCAUAGUACAUGGCAAAACGGGACACCUCAUGUCAUGUUUUACCUGUGCAAAAAAGCUCAAGAAGAGGAACAAACCUUGCCCAGUGUGCAGGCAGCCCAUACAAAUGAUUGUACUAACUUAUUUUAGUUAGACAUAUGUUGACUGGAAAGUUGCAAAAGAAACUUCAUAAACUGGUUAAGAGAGUAAGAAAUUAUUUUUGUAUGCGUAUUGGAAAAUUAAUAUUUUGUGUCUCUUGGCAUUCUCUGUGAAAAAUAAUUGCUGACAUAAAUGCACUGGAGUUCUUAAGAGGUUUGCCUAGUAUUCAGAAGUCAACUUGGAGAUUUUAAAUCCUUCUCAGUAGAAGUAACCAGGUGCUCUAAACCACCUGCCUCUCCAAGUGUUUAAUGUUCCAUGGAAGUUAGUGACAUUUGUUUUAUUGAAUUAAAUACGCUUACUAAAACCCCAAAUUCAAUGAUUGUUGGAGGAGAGACAUGUUGAAGUGUUUGUUUCUGCAGGUUCCUCAUUUAAGAAAAUAGAUGAUUAUCUAGGUUCCAGUUUUUGUUGUCUGGUGAAGACAUAAGGCUCAAUCAGACCCCUCUGAAAAUGUCAAUAAAAUGAAUAAAUAUAAUCUUUUUCUUAAAUUCCUCCAAGUAACCAAAUUCUAUGGGAGAUCUUACCAGGAAGUAGGGAAGGAUGUGGUAGAAAAUAAUACUUUGGAAACAGAAAAGGGUAUUGUGUGUCUUUUAUUUUUAUGGUGUGCAUUGUAAACUUAAGGGCUGUGUGUCCCCUGAGAAGUCAUUGAUCCAAGCUCAGUCAUACAGUUCUCUCUCGAAUGUCCUGAGAAACUGGCAUUUAGGGGUUUGGAGGUCUGUACUGAUUAUGGUGGUGACUAUUAUUAAUUUAGCAGCAUGAAACAAGUCUCAGUCAGACAAGAUAAAUGAAGGAUGUGCUAUGAACUGUCAUGUCAGGCAGUAUUAGGGGACAGUUGUUUUCUUUUUCUGCACUUGUUUCUGACUUAGCAGAAUACAUUCAGCUGCAUUGCUACAUUCACUGUAAUAAAAAUAGAAAAAAAACCCACCUUCAUCUGCAGAAACGAUUCAGCUGUGCAGUUCCAGUUCACGUUCUUUAAGUACAGUAGUCUUUCCAACUCAGUGUUCUUAUUUGUAUCCCAAUAAUUCUGAAAAUCUUUUGCAAGGUGUUUGGCCAACUCAAAUUUGGUCUCACUGGACCUGUCCUUUACUGCUUUUAGCUCUUGUCUCCUCACUUUUGUACUUUGUCAAAAACUUUGUGAAACUUAGCAGUUCCGUUCCCAGGGAGUCUGCUGCCUGCCUCAGUUCUGGAGGCCUUCAGGCAAGUUAGUGUCAGUGUGGGAACCAGGAUGUGGUAAAGAUCACUCGACUUCUUUUCACAUGGAGGUUCUGUACCCAGUGAGUGAUAUUUAUUCCUUUGGAAAACUAUGUUGCAAGAAGAGUUGUAUAUUUUUUGCACCUUUUGUUUUUACAGGUAGUUGCUGAUUGUGUAAUAGGGAGUGGCAUAUAAACAGGGGAGUGCCAAAAGUGGAGAUGUAGUCCAGGUGCAGGAAUUGUGCUGUGUUACCAUCUUACAGGGCAAGGCUCCACAGCUUCCCUAGCACCAGCAGUAUAAAAUUCCUGCUGCCUGUGUGCUGGCACAGAGACUUCUGCUGCUCUCCUUAACUCCAGGGCUGCAAAUGCCUGGAAGGACCCAGGAAAAGGACAUUAAGAUGUACAGGACAGACUUAGUGAAUCCUUGGAUGUGACUUGGUUGGAAAGUAAUAACUUUAUAGGUAAAGACUGAAUUAUUGGGAUCAUUCACAUUUUGUUCAAACAUUUGAGCUAUUUCUUUAAAAAUGCCAUUAAAAGAUACUGGUGUACCUGAAGUUCUAACACAGUUAAUUUUAACUGAACAAAAUAUAAACCCCAAGUUGUAUACAUUCAAAUUCUUGCAAGUUUCUUGCCUCCUGCAAUUUGUAAAGGGACAGCAGGUAGCUGGAAGUUUUUUGAUCAGCAGAAACCUUUCAUGGAUUUUAUAGGAUUUGAUAAUCCUUCAUCCUGAGAUAGAGAAAGCCUUUGGGCAGAUAGUUAAUUUUUUCAAGUAGGGAUACUAAUAGAGGGCUACCUGCCUUACUUUGCACUUCCUAUUAAUGUUUUUUUAAUUUUUGAUUUGAUAAACUUAGUUGCAGUGAGGUUUGCAGAGGCUUUGCAUUGCACUUGGAGGUGAGAGAGAACUGUAGAUGUAUAUAUGCAGAUGCACCAAUAACAUGGGGACUGUACCUAAAAAGUUUCAUCUUCUUAUGAAGCUUUGUCCACUGCAUUGUCUCCCACGUCUGCAGUCGCUGCCCUGGCAGUGUAACUGCAGUGCUGGGGGAGCAGCUGUCCUUAUCUAGUUCCUGUUGGGACAAAUUGUACCAUCCCACUCUUGGCAUUGUUUUCCAGUCACAUGCCUUCUGUUGCGGAGAAUAGCCCUGGAAAUACCUUCUGCUUGCUACACUAGUGAGGAAAUGGGGAAUUUUAAUUUCUCCAUCUGCAAAUCACUGUGCCAAGUGUUUUGGUUUGAGUUACAUUUUAUGUCGUUAAUAUUAUUCUUAAUGACUUCUAGCACAACUUUAAUUUGUUUGGCGUGGGUGCACGCCUUCCAGAUGGAGGUGAUGGGUAUUGAUUCCUGUUGCUGUUGGGGACGCUGGCAGGCAGUGCAUGUGCAGGCCUGGUGCCCGGAGCUGUGUCACAGUCACUCCUGUGGUGACUCCCGGCUGUGGCCCGGAGCCUUUGGCUCUGCCUCCACCCCCUCUCCCAGCCUGGCCGUGCUCGUGUGUGGGCGUGAGCAGUGAGCACCCUGCUUGUUCUGGCCCUCAAACACGUUCCUGGCCUUGGGUGGUGGCACAGAAAUCGCAGUUAAAUUUUGGUACAAAAGUUGUUACUUAUUGGUAAGGUGUUUGAGAUCCUUAUUUAAUAUCACACACAAUCUUUAAUUUAUUGCUGUUUGUAAAUAUCCUUAUGCUCACAGUUGAUGUUUUGAGAUCUAAUUUAUUGAAUUAGUCUACUGGUACAUGUAUAGUUAUAUAAAUAUGCUUAUUUAGUAAAUCACAGGCACGAGAAAAAUAUUUUAAGAAAUGUAGCAUUAAAAUACAGAUAAAUACUUGUAUUAUAUUCAGAUUGAGAAGGGCACAGAAAGAUUUAUGGCUAUGUUUCCUUUUUUCCUUCCCUUAAAGCAACUUCUGCAUUGAACCUGAAGAAGAAUUAUUAAGUAGGGAUGGUGCUGGUGCAACAUUAGCAUAGUGAAAAUAUUUUGGUGGUGUUUUGCUUUUCUUUGGAAUGCUUUUGCAUCCCUCAGUACAGGCAAGGAGAUGACUGACUGCUUUUGGGGGUGAUGGUUUGGGAGAUGCAGGACGGUGAUGAGAGGCUUUAAGGUUAAUUUGCAAAGGUGGUAAUGGCUUUUGCCUUUGGACAUGUGACGAGGAAGGUGCAGGGGAGGCCAGAUGCCCGCAGGAUGUGACUGUAUACGAUUUUCAGUAAUUUUCUUAGUCUUUUCCUUCUUGCACAUCAGGUAGGCAAUAGUUAUGUACAAAUGGUGCAAGAACUUUCAUUUAUUCUUUUUUAGAAAGUACAAUAAACCUACUUGUUUAAAUACAAGUCUUUACCUAUUUGUUAGUAUUGACAUUAUUAUUGAAAUUCACUCCACACCGGCAGGAUCGUGGGCUGUGCCGUCCUGUGCCUCUCCCCUUAGAAAAUAAUUUAGAAAGGGUAAAAGUGCUUCAGAAUACUCACUGGCAAAAAGCUUACAUUUCUGCUGAGAGUGUGGUACGAUUUUUAUCACUGAGUUCUGUUUGCUGUACAUUUGUUCAAAUGUCGCUGCCUCUGAAGUGUCUGUGCAUAUGAAGAUGCUUGCAGAAGUUCAGGCAGAUUUUUUUUCUUUUAUGACUAAUAUGAGGAAGAGAAAAUCCCUCGUUCUUACAGAAAGUGUCAACAAGAAUAAUUGUUUCAGAAAAUUGUAUACAAAAGAGAUUAGAAAAUUAUUAGGAGCCUAAUGAAACUGAAUAAAUAGGAUGAAAAUAAGAUUUUUUUUCCUCCCCAUCUUAAUCUAAGGCUGCUGUUGUCUUAGAGCAUGACUUUAGGUAAAGUUUAUCAUUUUAAAGCAGGUAAUUUAUUCAGCAUAUUAACUUGCCACAAACAUGGUGGGGCAGGAGUUAUUUUUAUCCCAGGAAGAUGUGGCAUUUUGUUGUGCAACAUUUGGCCUGAAAAGGGGCGUUUGCUGUUGUGGGGCUUCCCUGUGGGAAGGAGCAUGUUGGACAUAUUUAUGGGACUUGUGACAGGCAGUGUUGUCAUGGAGGGGCUGUAGGGUGGCCUUGGUCCCACAGCACAGCAGAGCCUUGCUGGAGCAUCAGCCCUCUCCUCUCCAGGGGAUUACCUGCCCUGCCUUUCCAGCUCCUCCAUACCAGAGUCCAAGGCAAGUCUUGUUCUUUAAAGGUUGCACAAGCAAAGCACAAAACGCAGCUUAAGGUUUUAACAAAGAAUUGCACUUACUGAACAUGGAAAAUUGUUGCUUUUAACUAAAGUGUGGGGGUUUUGUUAGGGUUUUUUCUAGCACAGAUGCACUGAAAGCUUCAAGUGAAUGCCUGUUUAGUGUAUCUAUAGCUAUAUUAUACAUGUGAAAUUUGUCAUGAUACUUAAAAAGGUGGUGGCUCCCCUUUUGAGUAGAUGUUCUAGCUUAACACCCUGCUUUUACAGUUCUUGGUUUUGAGCCACAAUAGUGGCUAUCAGGAUGAUGAUUACUUAAUGCCUAAAAUACCAAUAGCUUUUCUAAAACCAGAAUCUUUGUCUGACUACACAUAGCCGGGAUGACUGUUGAAUAGAGUAGUUCAUAGUGAAUUUAAAUAACUAUGCAACACACUUUCAAGAGCUUGGCCUGGUGCAUUACUUUCCAGCUACCCAGUGCAUGUAUGACCACAGUUAGUAACCAUUAAAAUGCAAAUAUCCAUUCCAAUUGCACACAGUAUAGACCCAUUUAUGAGAAGUUUCUGUUGUGUUUAUCUUUCAGUUUUCAGUUUUUCCUUUUCUGAUGAAAAUGGAGUACUGUGUUCCAUUUAAAAGCUUUAAAUAAAGAUUUGUUUAUCUACUC